GAACGAGAACAAAUUUAGAAAGACCUUCGUUGUGCUGUGCGAGAUUUUAUUUCGUUAGCUUGAAGAAUUUCGUGUGAAGUUGUUUUUAAAUUUUGAAGUUGAUAUUUUUUUCUGGAAAUUUGUUUGCGUUUUUACGUUUUUCGAGUUGAUUUUUAUCGCAAUCAAUUUGAAGUGCACAAAUUAUAUGCAUGCAACUAAUUGAAUCUCCUCAUCCUACUCUCGGGACUCUCCUCUUGCUCCCACCACCACCUUAACGCUUCGUCACCACCCACUUCCAGUCGCAGAAUGUGAAUAUUAUGAGCAAUUAAUUUAUUCUCUUUCACGUUGUCGUGUUAACUAAUUCAUCAUUGAAGCUAAUCUAGAAUUUGGUCGAUUUGAAUUUGACUGACGACAGACAACAAACAUUCUUUUGUUGUCAUCGUUGUUGCUGUCGCUAGGCUGGCGCUUUGCUGCCCCGGGUGUUGAUUGAGUCGUUAGUCAAGUGAUGAGGUACAUUUCUGAUUGUGCUUGUUUACACUUCUUAUAAAUAGAUAAUCAUAAAUAGAGAACCAUAAGAAACGCGAUGUCGCGACCUUCUCGCAAAGAUAUCAAAAUGAGUAAGGCUCCAGGACCAACUCCACCCCAGUACACAUACGUGCCACCGCCAUCGGCCCCUCCAAGCUAUCAGGAAGCCAUUGGCGGAGUGAAGCCCACAAGUCCCUUCACUCCAAUCGUCCAUCCAGUAACGAACACAACAAUUCUGACGACAGUUGUCCCGAUUGGCCGCUCUGCCACGCACAUGAUCUGUCCAACAUGUAAUGCAGAGAUCGAAACGACAACCCGCACCGAGCCGGGUAUGAUUGCAUAUCUCUCUGGAUUUGUUAUUGCACUUUUAGGUUGCUGGUUUGGAUGCUGUCUCAUUCCAUGCUGCAUUGACGAAUGUAUGGACGUACAUCACACUUGUCCCAAUUGCAAAGCCUAUCUUGGACGCAAUCGACGAUAAGCAUUUUUUGUUCUCUGGCUUUAAACACCAACGAAUAGAAGAAGAAGAAGAAGAAGCUGACGCCAUCAUCACGGUCUAAGGAACCAAACAUUUCCAAUUUAAUUUUUUGAUUGUUUUUUUUGUUUUAUUAUAUUUUGUUUAUAUAAUUUAAUUUGUCCCUUUCUUUUUCUCUCUAUCUCUCUCUUUUGUAAUUAAUUAAUUUAUUAUUAAAAACCAAACAAAAACAACUUUUUCCAACGACAGCUACCGAAACGACGACGACGAAUCUUUUAUGUUUUAAACAACCAAAAUAAAUCUCAAAUAAAGCUCAAAAAUAUAUUAGUGUCAAGCUUUAUAACACUUUUUUUGUAUACAAACAAUUGCACAAUAAAAUAUUGUUUAUGUUUACUUUUCUCUCUCUCUUUUUGUAGUACAAUAAAAUAAUUUGUAUCCUUUUUUUGUACACAUUGUUUUUCCUCAAAAAAAUGCACUGAUUUUGUGAAUCAUUAAAUCCAUUAAAGUAAACUUAUAGCAACAUAAACAAAUAUUUAAAAAAAUAAAAUACCUUAUGUAGUGCUUUUUUAUUAAAACUAAAAACUAAACAAUUUUUUUACUUAACAAAUUUAAAUAAAAAUAUGUACCAUCAAGACACACACUUUUUGGAUAAUGUGCCUUGAAAAAAUAUAUCACCUCUUUAUUGUUUUUUUCUUUCUUAUUUUUAUUUAUAUUUCAUUCAAAUUACUAUUUGACAAAAAAAGAACUUUUUUAAAUCUAUAAAAACAACUUUGUAUCAAAUAUUUGUAUGUACAAGAUCGUAAAAUAAAAUAAAUUCUUAUACAAAAC